AUGAAAAAAAUUUGUAGAAAGAUCCUGAGAUAUUUAUAUUAUUAUUCAUUAUCGCAUAUUACAAAACCUGAAUACGAUGUAUGUAUUCUAUUAAAUUAUUGGGUAUACAGUAAAUUGCAUAAAGUUUUUCCUCGUAGGAAACAUAAUUUUAUUAUUCAAAUUUUGGCCAAAGUGCAAAUGUUAUGGAAUGAUGUUGUUUAUAAACAUCCAUAUAAGUAUUACUAUAAUAUAUGUAAGCCAGACAUGUCUAUUACGAAUGAAGACUGGAGAAAAAGAAAAGAAUUGUACGAUAAUUAUGUUGAUUAUAAUGAUCUUCGUUAUCUGGCUAAUCUCGAUCAAAAUAAAUGUACAUAUGAUGAAAAAAUUGAAAAAAUACUUUCACUAUAUGGUUACUUUAAGGAUAAAUGUAUAAAUAAUGAUCACGAAUGCCCAGACGUCAUUAAAAAAUACGAGGAAAAAGAUAUUGUGUCUGAACUAAAAAAAUUAUCAUGUCAGAGUAAAAUUGAUGGUAGAACUGUUUCUAUUGUAGAGAAUAAUUUUUUGAGUGAACAUACAGAACAUGCAAAUGAUUUAGAAGAUAAUUUAGCAUUAGAUAUUGCAAGUCAUAUUACAGAUGUUUCUAAUACCCAAUUAGUUAGUGAAAAUUCCGGAACUGGAACAAAAGUUACUCAUACAAUUCUUGGCGGAGCUCCAGUUUUAUUAACUGCCUCUAUAUUAUAUAAAGUAUGUAUAUAUUUUGUAACCAUAUAUCAUUAUAGUACGAACUUGUAA